AUGGCUUCAACUGGGCUGGAAAGUUUAGCUUCGGGCAGGAGAUUCUUCCCGAAGAUGACGAAACGACUAGGAAAGCUCAAGGUGGAGAAGCAGGUUCAUAGACUGACAUCCGAUUUCAAAUGGAACGAUGACGGCGGCCUAGAGCUUACGCAGCACAUUCCCGGACUUCGAAGAGAUCCGGCCAGCGGGAGGCCAACCUGGUUCAACGGGCUUGUUGGGCGGCAUGGAAUCACAAGGGACAUUGGUGCUUUGUAUCCUGCCCAUAUAGGCCGCGAUGGAAUGACGUACUUGCCUUGCGUUUAUGGUGAUAAGAUUCCCAUCCCGCGAAAGUAUCUCGACAAGUUGAUUGAGGUGAUCGACAAGGAAGACUUCAUCUUCCCUUUGAAGAAGGGGAUCUUCGCUUGGUGGAUAACUAUCAAGUGUCUCAUGGCAGAGAACCUUGGAAGGGCGAGAGACAAACACUGGUCUCAAUGUGGGAAGGUCCUACACCUAUCGGCGUGUACUAAAGUAUAA